AUGUUACCCGGUGUCAUUGCGGUCGUCAGCGUGUGUUUUAUGACGUUGGUGGAGUCAGAGAUGAUGAACGCUGUACGGUUCGGAUCAGAUGGCGCUGCGUCAAGCAUGCGCAUCGACAAGGUACCAAUCCCUGAGCUCCGCGAACACGAGGUUUUGAUUCGCGUUUAUGCCACAGCUAUCAACCGGGCAGAUAUUUUACAGAGAAAGGGCCGAUAUGCCCCACCCCCCGGGGAAAGUGAAAUCCUCGGCUUGGAAGCUGUCGGUACUGUUGAGACAAUAGGACCGAAUUGUGGAAGUAGGUGGACGAAAGGAGACAGGGUCAUGGCAUUGUUAGCUGGCGGAGGUAAUGCCGAGUAUGUGGCUGGACACGAGGAUCUUCUUAUGCCUGUACCGGCAGGAUUUACUUUCACAAAGGCAGCAGCUAUACCGGAAGUGUGGUUAACUGCCUUCCAGCUUCUCCACACAGUUGGUAAGAUACAGCCCGGGGAGAGCGUACUGAUCCACGCUGGGGGCUCGGGGGUAGGGACAGCGGCAGUACAACUGGCGGGGUUAGUCGGCGUCACGUCUAUUGUGACAGCUGGUUCUGAAGUAAAGAUCAACAAAGCAAAGGAUCUAGGGGCUGUGGCAGGAUUCAACUACAAGGAUGGGGAUUUUGGACCGAAGGUCCUGGAGGUCACCAAUGGUAAAGGUGUUGAUUUGAUAUUGGACUGUGUUGGAGAAUCGUUUUAUGAACAAAACAUGCAAAGUGCCAAAACCGACGGACGCUGGGUGGUCUAUGGACUCUUAGGUGGAGGAAAAGUAAAUGGAGAUUUGUUAGCUAAAUUAUUGAGGAAGAGAAUUUCUAUAACAGGGACCACUCUUCGGGCACGAUCUAUACAGUAUAAAGGAGAUCUUGUGAGGAAUUUCACUGAAGCUGCACUUCCCCAUUUUGACUCCGGGAAACUGAAACCCAUCACCGACAGUGUGUUUCCAUUAGAGAAGAUAUCAGAAGCUCACAUGUACAUGGAGAGUAAUGCUAAUACUGGAAAAAUUGUAAUAGAGGUCAGGAAAGAGGACGUCAGAGAUGAGCUGUGACGUCAUGAGAUAUUUGUAUGUUGAUUGAAUGUUCAGCGGUGUAUCUGGGAUAAACUUUUGUAUUCAGAUUAUAUAUGUAGGAUGAUGAGAGAUUGAACUUCCUUGGCUGGAAAAAUAUCAUUACACAAGUCGUCAUAAUGCCAUAUAAAAAUCCCGUUUCCAGCAGCACUACAUACUUAAAUGUCUUGUGCCUACAGUACAGAAAUAUUUUGCAUACACUAUUUUUUUCCAACAGAUCAAAGGAAACAAAUGUAUUACUUAUCUGGCCCAAGUUAAGCAAUCGUUUGUCUGCUAAAUGGACAAGUCAGGUUAUUCGCUUGGCUUACAUGUGUUACUGUUAUUGUUGCAUUAGUACUGUGUUUAAGCGGGGUUUUCAAUAGAUGGAGUUUGAACACUUUGUAACACAUAAUAAAUUAUACUUUAAAUCUGUGACACCGACCAUUUUUACAUUUAAACUGAUUAGGUAGCAUUGUUAAUGGUGAAGUUUUACGGUCGUCACAAUGACCUCAUUGAGGAAUACGCUAUUUUCUGUUGCGAUAUGAAGAUGGACGUGUUUGAUACUCAUGCCUUAUGGUAUGGAAUAACCCUGCUAAAACGUGAUUUCACUUAUUGGAUUUUGCCCAAAUUUUCAUGGCAGGUGUCGCCGAUGAAACAAUACGUAUACUUCCGGAACGCCUGGUCUAAUUAUCCAUGUACUUUUAUAAGACUAUCUGUGUAAUUCCAUCUAUUGAUUAUAUUAGGCCAAUUUCAUCGAAUAUGAGUUCGAAUUACAUAUUGUAAGAUUCUUGUUAGCAUUGUGAUGUUGUAUUUCUUGUUAUUGACUGCGUAUUUUACAUUUUAAUAGACAAAAUGAGCUGACAUUUUGUCUGGACUGACGUGUUGACCUGUAACCUCAUGUGAUAAAGCUGAUUAUUCCAUUACAGUUCUGUUAAAUAUAUGUUUUGUUAAAGUUGUCUGUGGUACAAUUAUAUUGUUAAGGAAUGAUGGAGAACAAUUUUAUUAUAAAGGAUAUCAUUAUUAAUUUAAUGAGGCACAAGUUAAAAGAAUUAUACAGGUAUAAUAUUUCCAAAAUAUUGCAAGAAAGAAUUUAUUAUUUAGGGAUUACCGAGUUUUUUUUUAAUUGGUCCUUUUUAUAUUACGUAUAACACUGGCUAUUAUUUUGUGUGCUAGGUUGGUUAAAUCAGUAUUUAGUUUUCUCAAAUAAAAUAUGACAAUCAGUCAAAUAAUGACAAUUCAAAUGAUAUCGAACAUUUCUUUGUUCUUUGUUUAUGAAAUAAUGUAAUGGAUUAUACAAUUCCAAGAGCACAUUAUACCUCUUGAUUAUUUGUAUAUACAACAUGCAUUAUGUGAUGAACCAUUUGCAGUUGCCAUGCUUAAUAUAGAAAACAAUGUUUUCUAUUAUUUUUUUUACAAUUGUGACGUAAGCUAUAUCGGUUGAUAUUAAUGACUCUUGUUGGCUUGGAUUGAAGCAUGCAUGUGUCUUGGUUUAAAGACUUGAUGGCUUGGAUUGAAGCAUGUAUGUGUCUUCGUGUAAGGACGGCUUCUGUGUUAUGGAUAUCGCGUCGAUCUACCAAGUCGGUUACUGUAUUACAAGUGAUGACAGCAAAUGGAUUGACACGAAAGCGACAAUCAAGUUUGUUAAUUUAAGCUGUAAAGGAGAGCAUUUAUUAGUAGAUAUUCGUCCAUAACUCGAUGUCACCUCUAAGAUUUUAAACAAACAAACAAACAAUGAACAAUUUUUAGUGACAUCUUGAAUUUCUGGUGGUGCUAUAUAUCGCCCGUCAAAACAUGAAACUCACCAGCGGGAAAAUGUGAUUUUGAGAUAUGAAAAAAAACGUUAGGCCGUCUCGAUAUCGAAAUACCACGAUUUGAUAUUGGGAUCAGUUUCGAAAAACUUUUGGGGUCUACAGUUGAAUUUGAAAAUCUUGCAAUCUGGUGCAAAUAUUUUGUUAAGUUUUUCCAAGUCUUCUCCUUCAAGACUAGAAUAUGCCUCGACAGCAGCCUCCUCUCGCUGUCGCCUAGCUACAGUGACGUCAGUUACGUCACCAACUGCCGCAUGCAAUAACCUUUCAAAAGAAGUCCGGGUGAUGUUUUCACUUUCUUCUCGCGUUACAGGAUACUUUGACUUCUUGUCAAUAACACCUGUCGCUUGCAGUUUUUUCCAAACUUUUCUUUGUGCAUCAAAGAAGGACAGACACCCUUGAUAUUUUUUUCUAAACAUAAACAAUAAAUUAGGCUGGUCUCUGAUUUUGUCUUGACGAUUCCUGGUUGUAAAAUUUACCUGCAGGUUUUCCGCCAAUUGUUUUUCACCAACCUGAGUGAGGAGGAAAACAGAAUCGUUCAAUAAAGUGUCUGUUUUUGCUAUAAAAUUAUAAUUGUAUGUACACGGUAAGCACAUUUGAUAGGCGGGAGCAAAAUGGUUGUCUCGAUGAAGACCAUCUUCUUGUGAUUGUAUAAAAUAUUUAAUAAAUUCUUUGAAUGUGAGAUCGAAACCACAUCUUCGACUCUGUUCCGUGACAUUUUCCCUAGUUAAUGAUAUGGCAUAUUUGCCGAUUUUUUCAGCAAACAUGGCGUUGGGAGAAAACAUUUUAUCAAUGUACGCUGAUAAAAGUCGGGUAUACGGAUCACGGCCGAUGAGAAGGACGGUAGAAUUUUUCAGUAUGUCUGGAACUUCUGCCGGUUUGUAAUCCGACAAGUUUGGAACCCCAAAACCUGCCAAGGCUGUCGGGAUAUCAUAAGGCGACUUUUUCGGUGCUCCGUUAAGUACCUACAACAGAGUAUUGGUAAUCAAUCACAGGAAACAGUGUAUUGUGCCUCAUAUUAAUUGUUUGGCGCUUCUGUAUCUUACUCUUGAUUUAAAAGGUGCUUUUCACUUUUGGGUCUUUUGCACAAUUUUCUUAAAUAUGAAAAACCAUUGCAACGUAUAGCUGGAAUUUCUUCAAUUAUAAUUGAUAAAGACUUUUGCGAGAACGUAUAAAUGAUUGAAUCAUUUCAGACCGCUGAUAGUUUUGUUAUGUAUUUCUACAUCAUUUUAAUAAUAUAUAAUCUUAACGAACUUACAAAUGGUAUUACUAGAUAUUCUCCACUACUUACCAAAGCCAUACAACGCAUUAUAUGUUUAUAAACACCGUGGAUAGAUACAAGUUCAGGCUUAAAGUUCAAUGCUAUAUGUGGGCUUAAGUUAAAACAGACCACAUGGUCAACAUAAUGCUACAAAGUACUGAGUGAAAGUUGAAGAAAUUAAUUUUGUUUUUGAGUUUCGAAAUUAAAUAUAAUUACAUUGUGGUUUUCUUUUUUAUUAAUAAUAUUUGUAAUAUUAGAAAAUAAUUACUUCAUAUAUUUGGUUAUCUAUUUUCAUGAAAAGCUGGUUUGAUAUCUGAAAAAAAUCUGUAGAUAAUCCGUAGACUUAGGAAAUACAAAAUACCUCACUUAGUUUAAUAUCUUCGUUUCAGAAAGUUAAUAUUUUAUGUAAUGAGUGAUGCACAUAUGUGGUGUCUACAGCGAUUUCCGAGAAAACAGCCGCGUAAUUUUCUCUUGACAUGUUUAGAUAAAACUAAAAUGAUAUCAUAAUAUAUACACAUUGUACCAUAAAAAUCCUUUUCAUGAAUGAUGACGCUGCUUUCUCCAACCCACAGUAGAGAAGGCGAUGUUUCCUGGAAACCUGCAUGCGCUCCAUCACUGUGUACGGCACCUGGUUGUAAUAGGAUUGUACUUGUAAUGAUGUGUAUGUGCAGCUUUUGAUCUGUGUGAUUCGGACAUUUUGGUGGGAAAUGUUUAAUUUCUACGAAUUUUUGGCAAUAUCCACCCGGUCUUGCUUGUAUAAGGAUAUUGAGAUUAACACUAUACAAACUCUUUAAUAAUUAUAUAUUGAUGAUAUAUACUUGAAAACUAUUAUAAUAUGAAAUGGCAUUUUAUUCAAUAUGUAAAUCACAAUAUGUCACUGUUCAGGUGUAACCAUGCACACACAAUGUGCUUUAUGAUCGCUUUCUGUAAUAAUACUACUCUAAGAAUCCAUUUAAUACGAUAUCAGAUAUGUUUCAUUGUCUCUGAUCUUAGUUCAACUAGAUACUGGUUCAAAAACGCUUCUCUGUAACAGGAAUAUUCAGUCACAAAUUGUCUAUCAUUUUAUAUAUAGUCAAAAUAAUCUAUUAUUGAUAUCUUAAAGAAUCAUAACACAAAACCGUCAUUGCUAAUUUAGAAACUUGAUAAAGCGAUUAUUUUCAUAUCUGCACACAAAAAAUAAUUAAGUUGAAAAUACAUCAUUAUAACAGACGGAGUAUAUUAUACCUGGUACGUGCCGCGGUAUUUAACGUCAUCAUCAUCGCACGCCUUCAUUAGGUGAGCAUGCCUUUGAUCUCGUAUUGUGUCCAGGCGAAUAGGUCCAAUUGGUUGUGCCUCUGAUGUAGUAGUCAGACGUGUAGUUGUUGCCAUUUGAUGAAAAGCAGUCUAAGGAUAUAAUUAAUGUUUACUGCAAGUGCCGAAAAUGUUGUGUAUAUUUCACACUAUAAUUACACGAUUUCAAAGAAGGUAGUGGAUAGAGGGUCCUAUUUCAUUACUCUGGUGAAAAAACAGUAGUGCAUACAGAAUUGUAAUACAUUUGAUGUUACCAUAUCACGUAAAUCUGAAAAUAAAAACUGUUAACAUGAAUGAAAAUACAAAGUUUUUGUAGUUUAAUAUCUUAUCUAAAACGUGACGCCAUUAAUCCUUGCUUAGAACGAAUGAUUGAAGCAAAGAUAAGGACGAGGUUUGCAUCAUACUGUUUUUGUCCUACAAACAGCUAUGUGAGAAGCAUGCAUGUGAUGAGUGUGUGUUUAUGGUGGUGGUGAAGGAUGUGUGUGUGUGUGUGUGUG